CAUCGCAAAUAUCAGCUUGUUGGAGAAGUAGAAGGAACUUUGACGUGAUCUUCCAUUGAUUACACAAGGUUAUCGAUGUUUAGCAACCGCUGACGAUUAUUUAAUAAUAAAACGCUCAAAUUGACUUUUGGAUUGGAAAUUCUAUUCUGGGAGAAUAGAAUUUAGUUUAACUUUAAACGAGAGAAAAUGACAUUGACCCCACAGAUUGGUCAAAAGGUGCUACUGUUAUGGGGUAUAACAGUAGCUGAAGAUAUUUUAACAGAUAUGGUUCAGAAUUUGAAAGAGCAAGUUGGAGAGAAAGGACUUGUUGCUGUUGAAAACAUUGAUCGCUUAGUAAUGUCAUGUAGAGUAGGAUCUUCUUUUGAUAUUGUUGCUUGUGGAAUUAUGUCCAUUUCUGCAAAUUAUCACCCAGCUGAAUUAUUAACAGAAAUUGCUAGAAUUUUAAAACCUGGUGGAAAAAUUAUUUUAAGAGAACCUGUAACAGCUCAAGAUAUUGGACUUCAAAUACGUACUUCUACCAAACUUUUUUCUGCUUUGAAGUUAUCUGGAUUUGUAGAUAUAAGUGAUCCAGAAACUAUUCCUUUAACAUCCCCGCAAUUAGAUGAAUUAAAGAAAGAAUGUGGUGUUGAUUGUGAUGUUUCUCUUAUUGAAGUAAAAGCUUUUAAGCCAAAAUUUGAGAUAGGUUCUUCUCUGAAAUUACCAAAUAUUAGAACAGGACAAACAAAAUCAAAUGAAAAUGUUGCAAAAAUUUGGUCUUUGUCAUCGUCAGAUAUUUUAGAUGAAAAUGUGGAAUUGCUGGAUUCUGAUCAAUUAUUAGAUGAAGAAGAUUUAAAAAAACCUGAUCCAGAAUCUUUGAAAAAAAUUCUUUUGUUUCAGUGCUAUUUAGGUGACGCAUUUCGCUGCUCCUCCUGUCCUUAUUUGGGCAUGCCCGCUUUUAAACCGGGCGAGAAAAUUACUCUUGGAGAAAUGCAGCUCAAAUCCGACAUAUGAACACCUUAUAAUUCGUAAUUGUAAAGAAAAAACAUUCGGGCCACGUAAGUCCACCAAUCCAAAUUUGGUCGGACACAAGGUGAAAAAUGUAAUGUUUGGACACCAAUGACAGUAAGAAAAACAAUAUAAAACCAUGAGAAAUAUCAGAAGAAUGAUAAUACGAAGUUAGAAGAAUAUAUAUUGAUAAAAGAUUGUCAAUUAGAAAAAAAUAAUCCUUACCAUUUAAAUAAUUUUUCUGUGUUCAGUUUAAUUUUAUGUAAAUUUACUGAAAUUAAUGUACAAAAUAUUUUAUUCGGUUCCCUUAAUAUACUUCCUAACGUAUUAAUAAAAACACCACCUCUAUUUUCUUCAAUAAAGAAUAUUUCAAUCUAUAUUA